CCACUGACAGCAGUAGGUGGUUUGAGAGUCACCAGCAAUGCCAGCUCAGUGACCAUCUCGUGGAGUGCUCCAUUCUCUCUGGAUGUGACUGGUGUUGAUCCUGAUAUCUGGUACUCUGUCCUCAUCUACAAUGUGACAGAUGAGAACAACCCAACAGCCAUCCUCUGUACUGACUGUAUCAAUAUCACUGAGACACACUACACCUUCACUCCCGACUACCUCAGUCCUUGUCAUGUGUACAACUUCUCUGUCAUCCCCCUCAAUGGAGCUGGCCAGGGAGAGAGCAGUGGUAAUGUUACAUGGGAAGUUUCUCUUCCAAGAGAGAAGGUUAAGGCCAGAGAUGAUGGUGACAACCGUGAUGUCACAUUUGAAUUUGUGCAAGCGAAAAAUCUGUUGACUCUGUCUGUUCGAAAUGCUAAUGGAGUGAUUGACACCAAACAUAUUGGAAAUAAAACGGUGCUAUUCACCAUACCUGCUGAUGGGGAGUAUACAGCAAUUCUUGGGAUUUGUGGAAAAGAGGAGACACAUAAUUUCACCACCUUUGAUGUUCAACGACCCCAUGCAGUUGCAACAGAUGAUGGUAGUAUGAUUAAAGUAACUGGAGAGUUCAUCAAUAAAUCUCGUGCUAAAGGAUCUUUCUUAGCCCUUCAAUCCAAUUUCAGCACUAAGAUCACCUUCAUUGUACUAAAGAGGAAUGGAAUUAAUAAUAUUUUUUCUGAAACGAUUUCUAUGCCCCCUUCAUUUUAUGCUGUUUAUGUACAUGAUCUGGAAGAGAAUUCACUCCCAAACAUGCAUCCUGCUAACCCUGUUCCUGAUAUUGUUCAAAUAAAAGACAAAGAUUAUGAGGCAAUGAAUGUUGAGGACCUGAAGAAUGCCAGUAUAGUUAGCAAUGGCUCAACUGUUACAAUCAACUGUGCACCUAAGAACUCCUGUGUUGUGAUCUACGGAGCAUAUGGCAACGACACCUUAAACAUAUUUACCAAAAUGUUUCCUCUCCAUCUAAGUCUUAAUCCUGACAAUUAUUCCUUUGCUUUAUUCAAAAGAAAAGACCACAAUGAUAUUGAUGAAAGGCCCUUUAUGAACAAAUUUUUAGUAGUUGAAAGAGCAAAAUCUUCAUCUCCACCUGCCUUUGAUGGUGAAAACAUGUCAACAGAAGUUGCAGUUGGAGUUGCUGUUGGAGUGAUUGUCAUCAUUCUCUUUGUGAUUGCAACUGUGGCUAUAUGUCUUGCUUUUAGGCACAAACCUACUAAAAUGCCCGUCCAAGAGAGUGGUGCUGAUACCUCUACAUCACAAUUUCUUGACAACAGAGCUACUACUCAUAAAAUGGCCCGUUCUCAAUAUGCUGAGAUGGAACCUCUUCCUACCAACAGGCCAAAACCCCCCAAUAUUGAGACCAAGACACAGGGCCCCUAUGUUGAUGUCCUACCUAUUGCCGCUACUCCUAUGACUGGCAAUGGCAACCGAGACAAGAAGAAUGCAGACAAGGCAACACCCAAAGGACCCCCCACAGUGGAGUCAGUGAUGUCACUGUUGUGGGGUGUGGCUGGUCGCUGGAAGAUGAUAGCAGAGGGUCUGGAGUUUGAAGAGGAUAUGAUUGAUGAGAUAGACACCAACAACGACAUGAAUGAGGGCUGUCUGCAGGUGUGUGUGGAGAUGUGGGUUUUCAAACUACAGCCAUCCUGGGAGAAACUGUCUCAUGUACUGAGAUAUCUGGGGGAAGAGGAACUGGCCCGUCAGGCCGGGAGUGAAGAUGGUGUACCCCAUCACAGUGGACAAGGCCAGCCACAACCUAUUCAAUCCUGUGAUGGUGGUCAGAAGACUGAGGACCCUAGCAAAGGCAGCAGUGAAGUGGUGCCCGGAGGUCAAUUGGGAGUAGUCCCUACUGAAACAAAAAAGACUGAGAAUGAAAUAGCCAAAAUAAUGUCAGGGGAGCUGGAGCAAGAGGCCAGACAUUCCUCUACUCCACAAAAGGACUUUGAGAAGGGUCUUGAUAGUGGAGUGGUGAGUGGCUCUGCAGACCUCAGCUCAAUGGAGGUUAGGAGUUCCCCCCUGGAACUCAGCUCAGUGGAGGUGGAAAAUGGUCGGGACAGUGGUAAGCCAUGUAAUUUGGAUAAUGCUACUCUGUGUGUUGUGUGGUGUUAUUCUGCCUUGUCAACCACGCUGCCUUCCUGUGUGAGAGUACGACAGAAUGAGUAGUUGAACCACGUGGCAUUGUCGAUCGCUUAGUGGAACUUCUGCGCAUGUUUGUUCAUUUGCCAAAUUCCUUGUAGAUGAUGACUUGCCUUUUGUGGCUACAAAAAGUGACACACGUAAUUUCUGAUUUCUAAGUCUAUUGUGGCUGUGAAGAUGUUACAUCCUCACAGAACGAACAGCUCAGCCUGCUGAUAAUGACAAUUGUGUGAUGGUGACUGGAGUUAAGGAAAAGAAGACAAUCCCUGGUGAAGAGGAUAUCAGGGGACCCAUGCCGCCCAACAAGCAGUCAAGAGUUGAAAAACAUGCUGCACUAGUGGUUCUGCCUUUUAAAGCUCUACAGGAAGAGGAUGUCAUCAGUGAUCCUGACUCUGAUGAUGGGGAAAUGACUAGUGUACAGGGAGCAGACCAUUCUCCUGAGUUCAUCUCUCCUCAGACUGUUUCUAGCACGGUCAAAGCUGAAGACUCUGGUGACCAACCUGAGGUAGGAAGUCUUCAACCUGUAGAGGCAAGGGCUGAUGAGAAGCACCCAAAUGAAGCCCCAGCCAGGAAGACACAAACAAGAUACUCCUGGCCCCAGAAACUGCCGUCAAAGCCCAUUCCAUCCCAACCUCCUCCAGAGACCGAGUCUCAGCAGCCGCAGGAGAAGAGCAGCUGUCCCCCACAUGCACCAGCUCCAAGACUUUCACCCAGGCCUGGGGGAAAAGAGAACUACUGUGAGAAGGUUGUGAGCCAGGGACCCGACUCCCUGUGGGACCUUCGGUUGAGGUCCCUCCAUCGGUCUUACUCUGUGUAACAUCACAGCCCAAGACUUUAGCUGUUAUGAAGGAACCUCACCUGAUGUCAGCUAUUAUAAAAAGUUGUGUCAUGCCUUGAGUAGUGUAGUGAUGUAUAAUAGUGAUGCACCUACAAAACAUUAUAUUAUUCUGCUCUGCUCCAAA